UUGAGGAGCUUUGGAGUAAAGGACGGACUCAAGCCUCUUAUGUUUAACAGCUGAUUGGCUGCAGCUACUGUCCUUCUUUCUGAACUUUCAGCGCAUAGGAGUCCCUGAAAGAAGACAAGACCUGUCAAAAUGAACUUGUCAUACUUGGUAGCGUGUGGACUUAUGGUCACCCUGCUUUCACAGAGGAUGAGCGCGAAACCUUUAACUCAGGCGCAGCAGAAGUCUCUUAGAAGUUUGCUGGGCGAGGAGCUGGCGGAGUUUCUGGAGUCGGAGGAGAGGGAGAGGCGGAUAGACGCUGUGCGCUCUCGGAUACGGUUACUGCGAGAUUUAAGGAUGGACACCCGGGCCAGAGGGAUGUGGGCUCGUCUCCUUAACGACCAACCCGCAACGAGGAGACACAAAUCAGGAAACAAGAAAGGGGGGUCAACGUCGCGGAGUGGCUGCUUCGGACACAAGAUGGACAGGAUAGGAACCAUCAGUGGGAUGGGCUGCUAAGGGUCGGAGCAGCGCUGCGAUGCUCUCUGGACGAUGGGUUUGGACAACAAAAGUUGAGUUUGUUCUCACCUGAGGGGGAAAAAAAAGAGAAACUCAUAAAGUGACAGAUUUUCGGUACGAAAGUCACCACAACCAGCAUAAACAAAGACUGAGAUGACAAUGCUACAAAAUCCUCAUAGAAAUCUCUCUCUCUCUCUCUAUAUAUAUAUAUAUAUAUAUAUAUGCAGUAUAUAUAUGAUAAACAUGGAGGUAUAUAUACAUAUAUGUAUACCAUACAAAAUGGUCAACAAACACAGAUGUAUACUACAACAUGGUGGACAAUGGUGUAAAAAUUACAAACCGCAAAGCUGUAUAUUGCUGCUGCUGCUGCUGUAC